AGACAGAAUUCGGGCUCCAGGAGAAGAAGGAAAAGAGGAUCCAACCGGGUGUUUUGUGACAAAGGCCAGACUCCCAGGUUUGCUUUAGAGUGAGGCAGCCAAGUGGGUCCCACACUGGUCCACAAUAUGGAUUAUAAGUCAGGCCUGAUUCAGGAUGGGAACCCCAUGGAGAACUUGGAGAAGCAGCUGAUCUGCCCCAUCUGCCUGGAGAUGUUUACCAAGCCAGUGGUCAUCUUGCCAUGCCAGCACAACCUCUGCCGAAAGUGUGCCAAUGACAUCUUCCAGGCUGCAAAUCCCUACUGGACCAACAGGGGCGGUUCCAUGUCCUUGUCUGGAGGUCGUUUCCGCUGCCCCUCCUGCCGCCACGAGGUGAUCAUGGACCGUCAUGGGGUGUACGGCCUGCAGAGGAAUCUGCUGGUGGAGAACAUCAUUGACAUCUACAAGCAGGAGUGCUCCAGUCGGCCCCUGCAGAAGGGCAGCCACCCCAUGUGCAAGGAACAUGAAGAUGAGAAAAUCAACAUCUACUGUCUCACAUGCGAGGUGCCCACAUGCUCCAUGUGCAAGGUGUUUGGGGCCCACCAGGCCUGUGAAGUGGCCCCGCUGCAGAGUGUCUUUCAGGGACAAAAGACUGAACUGAGUAACUGUAUCUCCAUGUUGGUGGCGGGGAAUGACCGUGUGCAGACCAUCAUCACUCAGCUGGAGGACUCCUGUCGAGUGACCAAGGAGAACAGUCACCAGGUGAAGGAAAUGCUGAGCCAGAAGUUUGAUCUACUGUACGCCAUUCUGGAUGAGAAGAAGAGUGAGCUUCUGCAGCGGAUAACACAGGAGCAGGAGGAGAAGGUCAGCUUCAUCGAGGCCCUGACCCAGCAGUACCAGGAGCAACUNNUCCAGGGAGCCUCUAGGUGGAAGGCUGGGGUGUGGACAUGGCAGAUGCCCUGGAAACCUUACCCUGCGCCCCUCUCUCUUUUUCUCCCACACAGCAUUGUGGAAGCUUCCAAGGGCUGCCAGCUGGGGAAGAUAGAGCCAGGCUUUGAAAACAUGGACUACUUCACUUUGGACUUGGAACACAUAGCAGACAUCCUGAAGGCCAUUGACUUUGGCACAGAUGAGGAAGAGGAAGAGUUCACCGAAGAAGAAGAUCAGGAAGAGACAGAGUCCACAGAGGGGAAGGAAGAAGGUAAGAAAUCCAUCUACCUCCAUCCAUUCACUCCUUUAGACACCAAUAAGGAGCUGGAUGAAUCAAAGACCCUCUAG